AUGAGUGACCCGUUCGAUUUCCUCAACCCGAUCGCGUCGACCAAGACUCCGGCCGAGAAAGCUCUCAGCGAGCCUCACCACGCUCCGGUGGGGGUUCCACCAGCUCCCGUGGCGCCGAUAAACGUCGGAAUGGGCAUGCCCCCUCAUGGCAACAUGAGCAUGGGGAUGGCCCCUCCCCCAGCGUUCAACGGUGGCGGCAUGAACAUGAACAUGAAUAUGAACAUGGGCGGCAUGCCUCCUCCCGGUGGAAUGAUGCCUGGACAAUUCCCCGGUGCCCCAGGAAUGGGAAUGGGCAUGGGUCCCGGAAUGAUGCAGCCGAUGAAUCCGUUCGGCCAGCAGCCGCCUCAGCAAGCCCCAGUCAUGUACGACAACAUCAAGAAGCUGCUAGAGAAGAAACCCGUUGUGGACGAUGCGUCCAUGGACUUCUUGGAGGGUAUCGGAGAUAGUGGUGGCGCCAAGGUGAACAGCAACCCGUCCAUGGAACCUGUGCGAACCCCCGAGCCUGUCGCCAAUCCCUUUGGUGCUCCACAAGCCCCUGCUUCUGAUGUCGACUUCAGCUUCUUAGGUGGUGGUGGUGGUGCUCCCCCUGUCGCUCAAUCGACCGCGCCUUCUUCGGGCAGCAAGUCCAGCGCUCUUGCAAGCCGACUUGCACACGGAAAGCGACCGACUCAGGAGGCCGCGCGCAAGAACCUCGGGUUCAACGCCGGAGCUUUCGCUGGCACAGGCCACACGGCCAAGAUCUCACUGAAGAGUGUUGCAGGAGGAGAUUCUGCCCCAACGUCGGUGACUAGCGAGCCUACUACCGUCGACGACUUCGUAGCGGGCAGUGCGUCACUGGCUCCGGUCGACGAUAUCUUCGCCGCAGCCCCAACCAACCCUCCUGCAAACCCGGCCUCGACCUCGAACGACAUCUUCUGGUAA